AUGUCCGCGUACGCUCUCCAGAGGGUUUCCGAGCUACUUAAAGAUGAUGCGACUCUGGAACGAACUCGAGAGAGCAGAAAUCAGCUGCUGAAGGAGAAAUCUACCAUUGAAUAUCAAUUGAACAAAGAAUCCAAAAGGUGUUUAGAUAACGUUACCUCAAAUUUAGAAAGGAUCCAAUUGACACGAAAGAAUGUAAGAAAUCUCCGAAAUAAAUUAGGUGAGGUCAGUUCUCUAAGUCGGGAAAACAAAUCCUCAAUCGAUAGAUACGAAAUCAUCAACGAGGCCACGACCAUCCACGAAGUGAUCGAGAAAACAGCAUCAACGUACGAUAAAAUUGUUGGUUUCAAUGAUCUGCAGAGCCGCAUUGAUGACUUACUGGAGGAGGAGCUUCGUGCAGAUGCCCUGGAAAGUGGGGUCCCGAAUCUUCUGCAGAUUCAUUACAUGUUGACCAUGGCGCGAGACUUCCAGGAGCAAUGUGUUGUACUAGCUCAGAUUUCAACCGAUGACGUACAGAUGACUAUGCAACGCGUUUUCUUACGCCUGCCGGGUCUGAUUGAGAAAUUUGACAAAUUAUUGGAAUCGGUCAUAUACGACAUUGUAGAGGCCGUGAGAACAGAGAAUCAGUCACUUCUCAUAAGGCUUUUUAAGAUUAUUGACGUCGAGGACAGGGAAGACAUCAAAAUUGUUGCCACUAGAAAUAUUAUAGAGACCAAAGAACGAGAAUCAGAGGCUCGUAAAAUUAAAAAAUUGCCCAAUUCUUUCCACCAGAUCAGCGGUUUGAAAGAAACUACCCAACAUCAGUAUCCUUCUCCAGCCGCAUUGGCAAGAGAAAUUGCUACCGGAAUGAUCGGUUCAAGACUGCUUCCACGAAGCUACAAGACGUUUACUUUUAACACUAUAAAAAAAAGCAUCAGUGAUAUGUUUGUGGAGGUCAGGGCGGAGUAUCAGGGAGAAAAGCGGUUUGAGGUGCUGGAGAACUUGGACUGGGUUUUUAACGAGCUGAUGGUUGUCAGGGAACAUGUCUCAAAAUUAUGCCCGGGUCAUUGGCAGCUAUUCAAAAAGUAUUAUGACUAUUACUAUGCCGAGCUCAAUAACUUGAUCACGGAGCUGGUCAACGCUGAACCAGAGACCCUCAUUAUUUUAGAGAUUCUGGACUAUGAUAAGAAUUUUCAGAAAACCUUGAAGAAAGACUUUGGAUUUACGAAAGAGACGGUCCAAAGUGUAAUAGGGGAGAAAGAAAAAGAACUACUACUGAGCGACUACCUGAACUUGAUUGUUACCAAGUCUGAGGAGUGGUUCAAGAACUUAGGAGAUGCAGAGCUCAAAAUUUUUGUGGAGAGGAAAACACCACCACAUACGGACUCAGAGGGUUUGCUUUUCUUGGAUGGAACAAAGACGUGCUUCCAAAUGUUUUCCCAACAAGUAGAGGUGGCUGCGGGUUCCGGUCAAGCCAAGAUUUUGGUUGGCGUAGUAGAAAGGCUCUGCGACCUGCUUGCCGCCAGACAAAAAACGUGGAUGAGUACCGUCUCCUCCGAGGUUAAAAAAUGCAUAGAGUACAACCAUAAAGCAGACGAAGAAGCAGAGGCUAAGGAUGAAUUUCCAGGUGGGUUGGUGGAGUACUUAAUCUCCCUGGCUAAUGAUCAAAUGAGAGCUGCCGACUAUGCGGUGGCCAUCUCACAAAAAUAUGGAUCCAUUGUAUCCAAAGUCCACGAAAAGGCCAUUACCAACAAUAUCGAGUAUACACUGGAUGGUUUCGCGGAAGUCGCGAAGUGUAGUAGCACGGGCCUAAUCAAAUUGAUAUUCGAUGAUCUCAGGAAACCGUAUACUCAGAUUUUUGGCAAGCAUUGGUAUUCGGGAAAUCAGGCACAACAAAUAUCUGAUACACUAUACGAAUAUUUGAGCGAUAUUAGAGGUGAAAUGAAUCCAUUUGUUUACUCGACUUUGGUUGAGAGUGUGGUAGAGGAAACGAUUUUAGAGUUCGUCCAAUGUCUGCAGUAUGAACACUCUUUAAAGAACAAGAACAACAAAUUUUUGGCAUGCAUGAAACGCGAUUUUGAAGCUUUCUACAAGCUGUUUGUACAGUUUGUGCCCGAUGAUGAAAAGGAGAUCAUAGACGACAAAUUCAAGCUAAUGGAGUUCUUCAUGGACUUUGCAUGCGGGCCAGUAGACGGAAUAACGGAGGUUUGGGCCCAAUGCAUAGAGAUCUACUGGGAUUGUCCCGUCGCUUUCCUGUCGGCCAUUAUGCGGUGUCGGAAGGAUGUUGAUUCCUCUAAACUAAAACAAAUAACGGCCACAGCCCAGCGGAUGACGCUAAGCGCGCAGCGAAACAAUCAGCAAAGAAACUCAGAUUUACAAGCCACGUUUAUCAGCCGUUUUAAAAUGACAUAA